GCGAAUUCGGAGGGCGAGCAACGUAUAAAAGCAGCGGGAAUCGGUUGAACGUCCACUGUAGCCGGGUUCGACAUGGCUGCUCUCCUUGCAGCCGCCUGCUUACCUGCUCUCGCCCUUGGAGCAACGUUUGACCUCUCCGGGCUUUCCUGGACUCUCAAGAACGCCAACGGGUCCAUUGCUAUACCUGGCUCUGUCCCGUCUCAGGCGCACUUGGAUUUGUUGAAGGCGGGCGUAAUAUCCGAGCCUUUGCUUGGUAUCAAUGACGACCUUCAACGAUGGAUUGUGAAUGACAACUGGACAUACACCGCCGACUUGACGCCCUUCACAUCUACUCGCAACCAUACCCCGGGAGAACGAGCCCUGUUGGUGUUUUACGGUCUGGAUACAAUUGCCAACAUCACUUUGGCAGGUAACCCGGUUGCAUGGGUCAACAACCAGUUCCGGCAAUACAUCUUCGACGUGACGGACAAGCUCGCAUCCCCGCAUGCCGGCGACAAGAACCUCACCGUCGCGUUCGAGUCGGCCUGGUACUACGGGCUAAACGUCACCUCCCGGUCCGACGCCCAGCAUUUCCCCGAGGUUAUGGGCAUCGCCUCUACGGGCGACUUCGAGUACCCCGGGGUGCGCGAAUAUAUUCGCAAGACCUCUAGUGACUUUGGGUGGGACUGGGGACCCGCUUUCGUGCCCUCGGGUAUAUUCAAGCCAGCGUACAUCGUCACGCUCCUCGAUACCGCCAACGCCACCCAAGCGCUCUCAGGCGCAGACAUCGUCUUCCUCGAAGAGUCCUCCAUCGACAUCUCCAAGCCCCUCGCGGACCCGUCCACGCUCACCUACGACGAAUCCGCCGACUGGAACGUCAACGUCACGCUCGCGCUGCGCUCCGCCCUGCCCGUCUCCGCGCCGACCAUCACCCUCUCCAUCCCCGAGCUCAGCCUCACAUCUCAGCCGAUUCCCGUGGAGCCCCUCCCGGGCGACGCCGCCGAGGCGAAGUGGGUGAGCGCGCUGUGGAGCGUGCCCGAGGGCGUCCCGCAGCGGUGGUACACGCACGACCUCGCGACGGGGCCGAAGCUGUACAACCUCACCGUCUCCCUCUCCUUCCACCUCCCCGACUCCUCACCGGCGAACAUGUCGUUCACGCGCGCGACGGGCUUCCGGACGAUCCGCCUCGUGCAGACGGCGUAUAGCGCCGAGGAGGUGAAGGAACGCGGGAUUACGCCGGGCGAUCAGUGGCAUUUCGAGAUCAACGGGAAGGCCUUUUAUGCGAAGGGGACGAAUGUGAUCCCGUUUGACCCGUUUUAUUCGAGGGUGACGACGGAGCAGGUGAGGUGGGUGUUGGAGUCGGCCGUAGCGACCGGUCAGAACAUGCUGCGCGUCUGGGGCGGCGGGAUCUACCAGCCCUCGUCCGCAGACAUCGCAGGCGGGGUAUACUCCUUCUACGCGCUCUGCGACGAGCUCGGCCUCCUCGCGUGGUCCGAGCUCAUCUUCUCCGACUCGCUGUACCCGCUCAACCCGUGGUUCCUCGAGGGCAUCGAGCCCGAGGUCCGGCAGAACGUGCGCCGCGUGAACGCGCACCCGAGCAUCGCGCAGUGGGCGGGCGGGAACGAGAUUGAGGGGAUCGUCAUGGUUGUGCGGGAGUUGCUGCCGAAUGGGACGUAUUAUCUUGAUCAGUUCGUGACGCUGUUCCAGGAUUUUUUGCAUGGGAUAGUGACCUCGGAGACGGAUGCGGUCGCGUAUACGGAUUGUUCUACGACUACGGGAGUCCUGAGCCUCGACCCAUACGCUCUCCGGUUCUUGAACGAGACGCCGAGCUAUAUCUACGGCAACGCUGAGCGGUACAUCUACGAUGCGUCGCAAGCAUUCAAUCUCAGUACCUUCCCCGUCGCCAGGUUCGUCAAUGAGUUCGGCUUCCACUCAAUGCCGUCUUUCUACAGCUGGGAAGAGGUCCUGGAGAACCCCGAAGACUUCAACUUCAACUCGACAGUCGUGAUGUCUCGCGACCACCACCCCCCAGCGACCAACCUGUCCUUCCCCAACCCGAACGCUCCUCAAGGCCAAUAUCAGAUGACACAAGGCGUCGAGCUCUGGCUGCCCACACCUGGCACCUCCGACUCGAACCAGACGUUUGCGCAGUGGUGCUACAGCACGCAGGUAUUCCAGUCUAUGACCGUCGCAGCCCAGAUCGCGUGGUACCGCCGCGGGGCUGGGAUGGGCGAGAAUAACCUCGGGAGUCUCGUUUGGCAGAUGAACGACAUUUGGCAGGGCGUCAGCUGGUCUGCGGUGGAGCACUCUGGGCGGUGGAAGGUCCUCAACUAUCAGUUGGCCAAUGUCUAUAGCCCGGUCAUCGUCAGUUCCUUCUGGACGCCUGAGAACGAGACUCUGGAUGUGAUGGUCACUUCCGACCGCUGGACUGAUGUUUCAGGGACCGCUCAGUUGACGUGGUUCGACUGGUCCGGGAAGGAGCUGAACUCGACAUCCUAUGACUUUACCGUCCCCUCGUUGAAUAACACCGUUCUUCUGAGCGCUACCGGCCUGAGCAACAUCCUCCCGGCCGGCUCCCAGGUCAACGAUGUCUUCCUUUGGAUGAAUCUGACGGCACAAUUAGACAACCAAACAGUCACCAAUGAGCAAUACUUUACUCCCGCAUCUCUGGCGGAUGCUACUUUAGUCGAUCCGAAGAUUCGCGUGACUGCUCACGACAAUUAUACUUUUGAGCUUUCCGCCCAGGGCGGCGCCGCUCCCUGGACAUGGAUCGACCAUCCAGCCGGUACCGUUGGCCAUUUUGUCGAUUCCGCGACAGGUCUGCCGUUGAAUGGAUUCUACCUCAUUCCAGGCAGGGAUCGCACAGUCCAAUUCUUGCUGAACCCAGCACUUUCCAAAUCGCAAAAACCUGACCCGGCUGCUUUCGUGGUGAGGUCCGUAUGGAAUAAUACCCACAUCUAGUUCGCGGCCGGUAGGCCACUAUAUUAUUUACAGCAGGUAGUCCUUCAUUCCGGAAAAGACUGGUACUGGCCUAGAUUACAGACACUUGAACUCUCAUUUGCUGAGCAUUCUUUAUACCACAC